CAACCUUCUUCAUAAAGUGGCUAUGAAGCCAAAGUCCUAUUCAAUGCUAAAGGCUCUCUUCUCUCUCUCUCUCUCUCUUCAUCAUGACUUGUAUAUAUUUACGUAUAUAUAACUCAAACAACAUAAAAAGAGAUGUCAUGAAACCCUGAAAGUCCAAACCCAAAACCAAAUCUUUGAGACCCAUAUCACAAAAUUUAAGUUUUCUCUCUCCCCUGUUCCUUAAAUUUUUUUUUUCUUAUUCUUUUGUUUCCUUGUUCUUCCUUCAUGUCGGAUCAUGAAUUUAGAGACUUUUACUACCAUGCAAGUGCAUUCCACAAUGAUCAUCAGCGAAGUGUUGGUGAAACUGACAUGUAUAGGGUUUCAUCAUCACCAGUUGAUCCUUCGUACAUGAGCUUCACUGAUUGUUUACACAGUACUUCCAUGGACUAUGGUUCACUUGAAAAAGCCUUUGGUUUGUCACCUUCAUCCUCUGAAGUGUUUUCUUCAGUCGAAGGCUGCAAUCAGACGACCGAGCAGCAGGUUGUUGUAGGGGAUUUAGGAAAUAAUACCAGUGAAGUUAUGACAAAUCCUAAUUCUUCUAUUUCUUCAUCCUCAAGCGAGGCUGGUUGCGAAGAGGAUUCAGACAAGAGUAAGAAAGAUAGGCAGCCAAAAGCGUCAGAAGAUGGAGGUGAAAGCUCUAAGAAAGGGAACAAAGCAAAAAAGAAAGGAGAGAAGAAGCAAAAAGAACCACGAUUUGCUUUCAUGACUAAAAGUGAAGUUGAUCAUCUAGAAGAUGGCUAUAGAUGGAGAAAAUAUGGACAAAAAGCUGUGAAGAACAGCCCUUAUCCAAGAAGCUACUACAGGUGCACGACUCAGAAGUGUACGGUCAAGAAAAGAGUUGAGAGGUCAUUCCAGGAUCCAUCGAUUGUGAUCACAACAUAUGAAGGCCAACACAACCACCCACUUCCCACAACACUGAGAGGAAGCGCAGCAGCGCUAUUCCCACCUUCACUGUUAACACCAUCACCACUGGCGGGGCCAAGCUUCCAACAUGAAUUAUUUAUGCAGAUGCCUCAUUACAUGACUAAUAACCAAGCUUCUGGUGCAGUUUCAAUGUUUGCAGAAAACUUUAGCCCUUUUCAGCAGUACCACCACCAUCAGGUGCCUGACUAUGGGCUUCUUCAUGACAUGGUUCCUUCCAGGUUCCUUAAGCAUGAACCAUGACGCAUAAGUCUCUUCUACAUCUUUUACUCCUUGUGUGUGUAUAUACAUAUAUAUAUAUAUAUAUUUAACUACUUUAUUAUCAGUUUCAUCUAACUUUCUCUAGAGCCUAAGAAUUAUUCUUCAGUUACUGAUCCGCAAAGGCCUAACAUCAAGGACUAGAUGCACGGCAGUGGGAAAUGUUUUUCUUUGCAGUUGAAACUUGGUUGAGUUGCCACAUACAUUUAAUGGAAAAUGCUUCUUUUGAUAGGAGAUCAGGGUGAGGAGUGCCAUAGUUGUUUUUGAAGGAAAAACCUAGGUUUAAGAGGAUUGCAGACUUGUAAUACUGGAUUAAAGUUGCAUUUAUGUUUGUUUAUCAUUAUCCUUGAUGGAAUUAUCAAAGAAGAAUGCGAGAAAUAUUAUCAACCUCCCUAGUUUCUUUGAGCUAGCUAGCUAGCUAGCUCGCUAGAUAAUGUGAAAUUCUGAUCGAGAAAGAGCUAAUAUUAAGCAAAUUCCGGUUUGAACUUUCCAAAGUGACGUGAUCAUUCCCUUUCCAAGCAGGUUGCAACGUUGAAUACAUAUAAACAUGCAUGAAAAGAAAUUUGACUUCUGUUUCAAUAACAUUGAACACUGUUUUUUUUCUCCUCCUUACUUUGGACUUUGUAAUUUAUCUUAAAAUACAGGACAAAAAAAAAAAAAGAAAAAGGUGUGCUGAAAAUGUUUAAAUAUAUAGCCUAAAUGAGAGAUGCGGCUAAUUCUGAGUCAUCCUGUCUGAAAAGGCAAAAACCUACUCCUAAUUACGGUGUAAUGGCAACUCGCCUAAUUAACAACCCCUUUAAUUCGCUAGUUAUGGAGUACUCUGGAAUUCUUUUCAAGGAAACCGCAAUUUACGAAAAUUAAAAAAAAAAAAUUGUAAGCGCUGAAAUUGAAUCCUAUUUUUGUGAUUUGUAAAAAGAUUAUUUUAA